CCUUAUCUCCAGACUCCAGUUCUCCACUCAACCGCUCCCUCUAAUCCCCAGCCAUGGCUUCCGCGCUUCGCUUCCUCCCCCUCCCAAACCCCCGCCCUUUCCAUUCCCUCCCCUCCCGCCAAAAAUCUCCCGCCACUGUCGCCAUCCCUCGCUGCUCUUCCAAUUCAAAUCCCAGCGGUAACCCUAACCCCACUCUAGAAGAGAACGACUCGAUCCCCGAGCCACCGCCCGCGGCCGCCACCACUUCCUUCGAGGUCGAGAAACGGGUGAAGUCGGCGAUCCUCCGGGACGGGCGCCGGGCGGCGAAGAUCGAGCGGCCGGAACCGCCCAACUUCGAGAUCGGGUGGAAGCGGACGAAGGAGAUCAAAACGGAGAAGCCCAAGGGCUGGAUGAUCGCGGAUUUUUUGGAGAAAUUGGAGGGACUGAUGGGUCGGCGGCAGUACGGGUCGGCGGAGAUGCUGGCAAAGGUUGGGGGGAUCGUGGCGGAGCGGGCGCGGGAGGAGGCGGAGGUACUGGUGGCCGGCGGCGAGGUGGAGGAGCGGCUGGUGACGGAGCUCUACCGGGUGCUCAAGCUCAUGGAGAUGGACCUGGAGAUGGUGAAGGCGGCCUUCAAGGAAGAGACGCUCGCCCAGCGACUCGACCAGGCCCAGGCCCGCUGCCGCCAGGCCAUCCUCGUCGCCCUCUCCUUCUGAUCUUCGCCAAGUUGUUGGAAUUAAUGCUCGUCAACACUUGUUUCCGGCCCAUCACUACUCCAAAUCAUAAUGUCAAAAAUUUUGUGUUCUUUAUGUUGAGAAUUUAUAUACUGUAACUAAGAUGAUUGGUGGCACGGUGAGAUGGCACAUAUGUGGGGUGGCGUCCGAAGCCAUAUCUGACUACUGAUUAGUGCCAUUAUUGGCAUAUUCGGAUUGCUGUGCGCUUGUAAAGAUUCGGGACUGAUGAUUUCACUUGUCCAACGUCUAAAAAGGAAGUAUAUUUAGGCCUAGAAGUAUUAGUCUGGUUGCUGAAUCUACACACCGUUGCAGGUUUAUGAUCUAGCUUUCAAAUUAGGAUGGUAGGAAUGGCUAUAUCAUAUCGUACAAUAUAUACUGUGCUACUGUUUAA